UAAUGUUCAAAAUAUUUAGACUGAUAGAGACACUUGGUCGAUUCUUCAAAAAACCACCAGCAGGGACAGGUAGACGUAUUGCCAUGUCUCCAUUCUUUAAAAAUAUUCUAACCGAAGAUGAAGAAGAAAAUUUUAAAAGACAGGAGAUUUUUUAUGAUCCACAUACGUAAUAUAUGAAUAAAUUGAAGAUAUUAUUUAAGAUAAUAGAAGAUUUAGUCUUACUAAAAUGAACUUAUGUAGAAAAAUCAUUAAAGGCGUGAUGAUAGUGGUUUAUCCGAAUUAGGUAUAUUUAAUCUCGAUUUUCUAGUGAUUACAGCAAAAAUGCCUGAAAGAAAUUAAUUAUCACACACAGGAGAUUAUUAAAUUCAUAAUUAAGACAGUUUUCUUCAUUCAAUUCAACUUGGUAGAAAGGGAGCUGAAAAUCAUUUUUUCAGUUUAGAUGAUGUUGAAUCAAUUUAUAGCUCUUUCGAAUAGGAUAUAAAUUUCGAUAUGUAAAACUUUAAAACAUAUAUAGAGAGGAUAGCAUAGUGUAUCAGCAUUGA